CGGCUCCCACAAAUAAAAACGUAUAUAUUUGAUUUUUUUUUUUAAACCGAGGGAGUUGGCGAGUGCUUCGAAUCCAUACGCUCGAGGAGGCUGUUAAUGAAAUGACAGCUCCUCCGUUUGCCAUCAUGACAAUCAUACAUUUUUUUUUUUUUUUCGAACUCCACCGGCUAAAUCUAAAAAUGUCAAAUGGUUGUCGUGCAGCACUUUCUUCCUUUAAAGGUCUGGAAUAUUUUAAGGUUUCCAUACUGCUUGGAAUAAAUAUUUGUAUUAUAGUUGUUACGCCACCGCCGGCAGAUGGCACUGUGGCGCGGUUGCUAUGCGGCUCACGUGACUCUUUGUUUUCAUUCGCUUCCUGCCCGAGUUCUAGUUUCUGUUUGAGAAUGUCCUUGAUUUAACCCAGGUGUCUUUGGUUUAGAUUAAUCAUGUUAGUUGUUUAACCCCUUGUGUUGCUGCGCACGUGGCGCGGCAUUAAGCUGAACUCAACUGAAUCUACCCACGCGAAUCGGGACUGGACUAAGAGAGACAAAGCUAAAGAGUUGCAGCAAAGCAACACCAAGCCAAGCAAGUUGUGUGUUUAUGCCAUGCCAUAGUUGAGUAUUCAUGCCAUGCCAUAGUUGAAUGUUCAUGUCAUGCCAUAGUUGAGUAUUCAUGCCAUGCCAUAGUUGUGCGUUCAUGUCAUGCCAUAGUUAAGUGUUCAUGCCAUGCCUCAGUUAAGAGUGUUCAUUCCAUGCCUAAGUUAGAUAAGUGUUUCCUACCUUAGUUUAAGGAAUGUUCAUGUCUUAAUUUAAGGAACGUUCAUGUCUUAGUUGAAGGAGGGUUCAUGUCUUGGAUUAAAGAACAUUCACGUAUUAGUUUAAGGAGUGUUCAGGCCUUAGUUCAAUUAGUGUUUCCGUUCCUUGUCCUCUGCUUAAGUAUCAAAUAAAGACUUCCCUCCUGCGCUUACUUCCUGUCCAAGUCUCGUUCCGUAACAGAAUGCCGCGCCCGAGCAGGAAAGUAGCAGGAGAGCACCUGGUCGGGAGGCGCUCAGACUACUGGCCGCAGUGCAAGUCCGUGCAGUUUCCACAGAGGACGGCCGCUGAACUCCCGCUGGAAACGUAUGGGUGGGGAUCCCACCCGCUGCUGUUCCUGUUUCACAGCCAGGUGUACUUUGCAAGCCUGGCGGCCCCCAAGCCUACCAAGAAACAGUGGCUGUGCUUCCUAGUAUCCCAGUUUUAUGGCCCGGCCUGGGAUUGGGCAGAGCAGCUGGCCCGUUCAGGGUCCAGUGCCCUCUAUGACGUCACCCAGUUCUCAGAACUUUUUCUGAAGGAGUUCUCGCAGCCGGGGCAAGCAAACCGCCUGGAUAUACUGGAGAGGGGAAUCGAAGUAAUGGACAGGGCGGACUGGCCAUUCCACCUCUAUUAUACAUGGCUGGACCGGAUAGAAGCAGCAGCUUCGCUUCAGGUUCCAGUCGACGCUGUGGAGCUCCAGCCCGAGGUUAACAUGGCAACCUCUGGGCUCCCGUCUGAGGUCAACAUGGCAGCCUCAGAGCUCCAGCUUGAGACCUACGGGGAGGUCUCAGCUGUGGAGCUCCAGCCCGAGGUUUACAUGGCAACCUUUGGGCUCCCGUCUGAGGUCAACAUGGUGGCCUCAGAGCUCCAGCUUGAGACCUACGGGGAGGUCUCAGCUGUGGAGCGCCAGCCCGAGGUUAACAGGGGAACCUCAGGGCCCCUGUCUGAGGUCAACUUGGCGGCCUCAGAGCUCCAGCUUGAGACCUACGGGGAGGUCUCAGCUGUGGAGCGCCAGCCCGAGGUUAACAGGGCAACCUCUGGGCCCCCGUCGGAGGUCAACCCAGCGACCUCGGAGCUCCAGCCAGAGGCCUACGGCAAGUCUCGGCUGUGGAGCUCCCCCUGGAGGUCAACCCGGCGACCUCGGAGCUCCAGCCGGAGACCUACUGCGAGGUCUCAGCUGUGGAGCUCCCCCCGGAGGUCAACCUGGCGACCUCGAAGCUCCAGCCAGAGGCCUACGGCGAGGUCUCAGCUAUGGAGGUCAACCCGGCGACCUCGGAGCUCCGGCCAGAGACCUACAGGGAGGUCUCAUCUGCCGAGGAAGCUGUCCCGCUGCCCAGCCCAGCCGAGGAAGCUGUCCUGCUGCCCUGCUCAGCCGAGGAAGCCGUCCCGCUGUCCAGCCCAGCUGAGGAGGCUGUCUUGCUGCCCAGCCCAGCCGAGGAAGCUGUCCCGCUGUCCAGCCCAGCUGAGGAGGCUGUCCCGCUGCCCUGCCCAGUCGAGGAAGCUGUCCUGCUAUCUAGCCCCGCAGGAGAAGUCCGUCUGCCUUCCUGCACUGCUGAGUACGCCGUUCUGUUUGACUGCUCCGCGGAGGACGGUAUUCCGUUCGCCUGCCCCACAGAGUACAGUGCUCUGUUUACCUGCGCUGAGGAGACGUCUCUGCUUUCCUGCUUCGCAGAGGAAGUCAACUAGCCUUCUAGUCCCGCUGGGGACGGCGCCCAGCCUUCUAGUCCGGCUGGGGACGCCGCCCAGCCUUCCAGUCCAGGUCCAGUCCCUCCAAGUACCAGCCCCGCUGGGGACUCCGCCCAGCGUUCCAGCCCCGUCGUGGCAGCAAGUGUCAGCUUUCAAGGCGGCCCCGGACCCCCAUUGGAGGGGGGUUUUUUGGCGCUCUGGGAGAAGCGCCUUUGAGGGGGGUUCUGUUACUAUUUAUUGUUACUAUAUUGUUACAAUAGUAAUUUACUGUAUGUCAGAUUUUACUGAAGUGUUGCCAGCUUUUGCUGUAUUUUAUUAACACAUGGACAGGAAAGGAUCAGCCUUAGCCGCUGUGCAAAAAGCCAAAGUUAAUUCUAUAUGCUAGCACAAUUUCAAAUGAUUUUGAUAUAAAUUUGUGAAACAACAAAAUUAUAUUAACUGUAUUUCUUCACUUUAUAUAUAUUUUUUUGUCCCUCUUCAGUUUGUCAUAACCCUGAUGUAUUACAAAUAAUCACUGCUUGCAAUAGGAUUUUAUGGGAGAGAAGUCAUUUUAUACCCUUUUACUCAUUGUGUUUUAUGUGGGUGCAAACUGAGUACUUGUACUGGGGUAGGAACUACCCCCCCCAUGCAUCUCCAGCUGACCACGAGGUACUUUAUGUGGUUUUUGACAACUCUAAUAUGAAAAUGCUAUUCCAAAGUUAUUCAUCUUUCUCUUGCUUUCUGUCUAAAAAAAAACCAAACAAACCAAAAAGCAUUUUGAAAGAGUUUUGUAAUGCAUUUCCCACACCUUGACACUUUGAGCAAGUCCAGGAAGGACUUUGAGAUAUCAAGCUGAAAACGCUUGUGUUUCAGCCAAAACAAAGUGGAGCACUUGGAUGUGUGAUGAUUCAGAGGCAUGUGGCAUUUUUUUUGUUUGUUUUUUAACGCACCUCUGUUAUUUUUUAACAACACUCUGCGUUGAGCUGUAGUUCAUGUUCAGUGAGCAUGACCUGAAUGCAGUGCGAAACAAUGGGAUCACAGUGUUGCACUGUUUGGUGUUGAGAGGUGGUGCAGAGACCUGCUUUUUGACUGAUUUUAUUAUUUUUUUGUUUCCAUUAACACUUAUCACUUGUUAUAACUACUACUUGCUAUUGUUUUCAUUACUAUUAUCACAGUUUGAUUAUUAUUAAUUCAUUACGGUUUUUAAAUAGCAUCUUGAGAUGGUCUUGGUAUACUGCAAACUGAUGGUGAAAGUGUUAUGAAAUAGAAUAUUUUUUAAGCUUGUUUUCCCUUUUUACUUCUACCUUCGUUUUUGUGUUGGAUCUCCUUUUGUUUUCUUAUACAGAAAAAUAAACUGAACUUCACUUAGUGGUGUUUUUUAUUUGUCAACCCAAUUAACCAUUAAAACAUUUUUUUCCUUUUAAUUCUGCUACAUUAUAUCACAGUUCUGUGUUGUUUUUUUUAGAUGAUGUAUUACUCAUUUUUACUGGCUGCUCGAUGCUACAAAUUUUCUUUUCUUUUUAUUUUUUUGUAUAUGCUAGUGCUUGACUUUUUAACAAGGGUCAAAUACUGAUCAAGCAUGGUUUGUAAUUUGCAUGCCUAUUUUUGAAGAGCUGUCUUUCUUCUUCAAAUCUAAACCACAUCUAUCUUUCUGUCUCUAAAUUAUUUGUCUAUCAAGUUGUUUGUUUGUUUUUUCAUGCAAAGAACUACACACUUUUAUGGAUUUUGCAAUAACUAAUAAAACAUUUAAAAAUAAAAAAUUUACCCUAUUAAUAAAAUCUGUGCAAUCACUUACAUUACAAGAACUUUUCUGUACAGUGUAAUGUGACACGGAUUGUUUCAACCAAUCAGAUACUGACGUUUCAUUCGGGUCUGUAUAUAUGCAUCUGUAUGAGCUCUUGCUGGCAGUUGAGAAGACACUAGCUAAUCAAAUCGACGCAAGUUUCUGGCUUCACCUUUUGUUUUGUUUUUUUUGUUUUGUUGUUUUUUGUCUUUUAAAUCAGAAUAAUGUUAAGUAACUACUGGCACUACAGGAUUGCUAGCAUGCGAGUUAGUCAAGAUUAUUUACACGCAAAUACUGACUGGGUUGAUUCUAUAUAAUUUAUAUCAUUCUGUUUGUUUUUUUGUUUGUUUGUUUUUUUAACUGACAAACAGCACACAAUUUAAAAUGUGUAUACACUGUGUUAUCUGUAAAUUGAUCCCUGCAACACUGGAAUAAAGUUGGUUUGACGUUG